AUGCCGGUUAGAAGCAAAGUAAAGAAGGCCGACGUAAAAAAAACGCUUUUCACUAUUCAGUUUCCUACACUUGACGAGUAUGUAGUCUUAAAAAAGCGUAUUACUACACCCGUAUAUCCAAAAGACGCCGCUUCAAUUGUUUCCCUACUAGAUCUUCAUCCACAUGCUAGAGUUCUCGACGCAGGGACUGGAAACGGCUCACUAACCCUUUACCUCGCCCGUGCAUUGCAUCCAUCCGGUCACGUCCACUCGGUUGACAAAAGUGCUCUUCAUCUUUCCCAUGCAAAACAUAACGUUGAACGCUUUGCGCGUGGACUCUACCUUCCAACGAUUUCAUUCUCCCACGGCAAGCUCUCGUCCGUACUCAACUCCCUCCCUAGCGAUGCACCAUUAUAUGAUGGCGCUGCUUUGGAUAUGCCUACUCCAUGGUCGGAGCUUGAGAGUGUUUUUAAGCGAUUGAAGAAUGACAAAUAUGUUGUGUGCUAUUUGCCGAACAUUACUCAAGUAUUAGAGUGUAUGAAAGAGAUAGAAAGAAAGGGGUUAGCGUUUGCUGUAGAGCAAGUGCUGGAGAUUAAUUGGAGACCGUGGGAUAUAAAGCGUACUGUUAUUAGAGGAAGUAUGCGGGAUUCGACUGAUGAAAAAUUGGUGGAUAAACCGUGGUUGAGGACAUCCGAGCAUGGUGAGAAUGGAUCAAGUGAAAAGAGCGUUGAGAAUAAUGACUCGAGCGCUAACGUUGGGGAAGAAGAAGAGGUUAAACAUGAGCAGUGUCAAAAUGUGGUUAAAGAAGGAAAUGCCGAAUACGAGGAAAACGGUGACCUUGAAGUCGCAACGCCACGCGACCCAGAAAAUGCUGCUCAAGAGUCACAAGCUGCAUCAGUAGUAUCGGACGCUAGAGCAUGGAUCUGUAGACCUGGACAUCCUCCCACUGAACAUACUGCUUUUUUGCUUCAAUUAAGGAAGAAGGAAUAUUCUCCUGAUAAUAUCAUAGAACUAGAGACGCCGAAUAAACAGAAUAGGUUUUUGAUUUUGCAAUGA